ACUGAACUGAACUGAAUCCGUUCAUCUCCACUCGACACUCGCAGCGCGACAAAACAUCUUCAAUUAGGACACCAGGCGUGUCCGUAUAGCCCCUCUUUCGGGGAGAGCUUCUUCCGUAUAGCCCCUCUUCCGGGGACAUCCUCUUCCGGUAAGAGCCUCCUCUUCCUAAUGACGUCGCGUAGCUACCGUUUUGGUAGUCGAGGAUUCGUUGAAGAAAAGCGAAGAGAUUGUUGUCAACAACACGGGUUUUUAACACUGCCCUAGUUAAUUUACAGAGAACAAGAUGUCAGAUACAGACACGAAACCUUCAGGUCCAGAUGGAGGAGACCAAAAGGAUGGAGAGUACAUCAAACUGAAAGUGAUCGGUCAGGACAACAGUGAAAUUCACUUCAAAGUGAAAAUGACCACCCAUCUGAAGAAGCUGAAGGAGUCUUACAGCCAGAGACAGGGUGUUCAUAUGAGUACCUUACGGUUUCUAUUUGAGGGACAACGAAUCUCAGACAACCACACUCCAAAAGAGCUGGGGAUGGAAGACGAGGACGUCAUCGAGGUGUAUCAGGAACAGACUGGAGGACUUCGGAAUAAUUAGUCUACCUGGAUUUAACUUUUGUUGUUGUUGAUGAUGAUAAUAUUGUAUUUUAUAUUUGUACAAUUAAUUUACUGAGUGAAUUUUGUUUUGGCUUUGUGUUCCUCUCAGUGGUAGAGAGGAGAGAAUAACUGUUAUCGUUCUGUUUGUGCUGUUUUGCCAACUUGCGUGGCAAAAAGUUGUCACAAACAGACUGGCACUCGGGCUCUAUCUGUUUGUGCUGGCGUGACAAUGACUGUAGGAGUUGGCAAGACGGCACAGAAUGCAUUACAGAGUAGAAGUGCUGAUCGGGGAUCAGUUUUGCCUUUAAGAAUCAUAGGGGAUUUAAAAAAAAAAUUUACCAGGCAAGUCGGUUAAGAACAAAUUGUUAUUUACAACGACGGCCUACCGAGGAACAGUGGGUUAACUGCCUUGUUCAGGGGGCAGAACCACAGAUUUUUAUUUUCUUUUUUACCUCGUCAGCUCGGGGAUUCGAUCCAGAAACCUUUCGGUUACUGGCCCAACGCUCUAACCACUAGGCUACCUGCCACCCCAUUGACUACAUGGACAAGAGGGACCCUGAUUCCUAGAUCAGCACUCCUACUGUUUUAUGAUUACGGCCACCGGAACAAGGCUACUAUGAUUCCCCCCCCCCCCCCAUGUGGUCCAUCAGAAGACUCAUUAGGUUGGAUAAAUGUUUUCUUCAGACCCCUCCCCCCCCGUAGCUUCAGUUUGGUUGAUUGUCAUCCGUCCCCCAUAUAUAUAGCGUUCGACAGUAUAUAUUUUACUAGCUGAAGAUCCAGGUAACUGCCAAAGUAAAAGGAAACACUAACAUUGGGUGUUAAUAGGGUCACCACGACCCAGAACAGCUUCAAUGCACCUCGAGGGUAGAUUCUACAAGUGUCUUGAACUCUAUUGGAGGGAUGAGACACCAUUCUUCUUCCACGAGAAAUUCCAUUAUUUUGGUGUUUUGAUGAUGAUGAUGAUGAUGAUGAUGAUGGUGGCGGCGGGAAAAACGUUUUCUCAGGCACCGCUCCAGACUCUCCCGUAAGUGUUCAAUUUGGGUUGAGAUCUGGUGACCUGAGAUGGUCGUGGUCUUUGGGUUUUAUCGUUUUUUUUGUAAAAUGCUCACUAAACCAUUCGGUGACCUCUCAAGCCCUGUGGAUGGGGAUGGGGAUGGGGGGGGGGGGGUUGUCGUGGUAACCAAAAUAAUGUCCUGCUCAGCAUUAUUUUUUUUUUUUUGCUUGACCCUAAGCAUGAUGGGAUGUUAAUUGCUUAAUUAAUUUUGGGUUACAACACCUGUGUUGAAGCAUCUGCUUUCAAUAUAUUUUUGUAUCCCUCAUUUCCUCAUGUGUUUUUCCUUUGUUUUGGCAGUUACCUGUAGCUAGCGUGCCACUGUUAUUUCCUGACUUUUAUGUCAAGGUGUUAUACGACUUCAAUAACGUCUCAUCCUCGGGUUCAUUCAAAACGCUUGUCCACAGUCUUAAGUAUUUUAAUAACCAUCAUGUUCCCAUUCACUGCCUGUCUCUUUCUGUUAGAGAACUGGUCAAAUACCUUCUUAUUAAAGGCUCUAUUCAAUCAGCAUCGUCGAAGUCCAGCUUUGCAGCGGGAUUGAAAUAUAAACACAACGAUCCCGCUUUACCGGAAGACUUCACUCCCGGUAAACGCUGCACAUGUAGUAGGCUGAAACCGGGAGACUUCACUGCUGUUAAACGCUGCACAUGUAGUAGGCUGAAACCGGGAGACUUCACUCCCGGUAAACGCUGCACAUGUAGUAGGCUGAAACCGGGAGACUUCACUGCUGUUAAACGCUGCAGAUGUAGUAGGCUGAAACCGGAAGACUUCACUCCCGGUAAACGCUGCACAUGUAGUAGGCUGAAACCGGGAGACUUCACUCCCGGUAAACGCUGCAGAUGUCGUAGGCUGAAACCGGGAGACUUCACUCCCGGUAAACGCUGCAGAUGUCGUAGGCUGAAACCGGGAGACUUCACUCCCGGUAAACGCUGCAGAUGUCGUAGACUCAACCGGGAGACUACCGCGGAAUCUCUUCAGCUUUCCAGAUUGAAGAGGGCUCUUAAUCCGUAGUACAUAAUUUGUACUCUCAACUGUAUAGUACUCUGUAGUACUGAUCUGUAUAGUACUCUGUAGCUCUGAACUAUAUAGUACUCUGUAGUACUGAUCUGAACUGUAUAGUACUCUGUAGUACUGAACUGUAUAGUACUCUGUAGUACUGAACUGUAUAGUACUCUGUAGCUCUGAACUGUAUAGUACUCUGUAGCUCUGAACUGUAUAUGAAUUACUUUUUAAAGGCCCAGUGCAGUCAAAAACUAGAUUUUCCUUUGUUUUGUAUAUAUUUCCACACUGAGGUUUGAUUAAUAUUGUGACAAUACUGAUAAUGCCCUUUUAGUGUAAGAGCUGAUUGAAAAGAACACCUGAAAUAUCAGCCUGUUUUUGUUUUGAUGGAGGUUUAGCCUUGUAAUUUAGUUAAUAGACCGAAAUGGGAGUUCCAAACCUCUCUGCCAAUAGUUUUCAAUGUUCCCCUCCCCACUCAGACCCUCUCUACCAAUAACAGCUAGGUUCCCUCCCCCACUCGACCCUCUCUACCAAUAACAGCUAGUUUCCCUCCCCCACUCAGACCCUCUCUACCAAUAACAGCUAGUUUCCCUCCCCACUCAGAACCUCUCUACCAAUAACAGCUAGGUUCCCUCCCCCACUCAGACCCUCUCUACCAAUAACAGCUAGGUUCCCUCCCCCACUCAGAACCUCUCUACCAAUAACAGCUAGUUUCCCUCCCCCACUCAGAACCUCUCUACCAAUAACAGCUAGUUUCCCUCCCCCACUCAGACCCUCUCUACCAAUAACAGCUAGGUUCCCUCCCCCACUCAGACCCUCUCUACCAAUAACAGCUAGGUUCCCUCCCCCACUGACCCUCUCUACCAAUAACAGCUAGGUUCCCUCCCCCACAGAACCUCUCUACCAAUAACAGCUAGGUUCCCUCCCCCACUCAGAACCUCUCUACCAAUAACAGCUAGUUUCCCUCCCCCACUCAGACCCUCUCUACCAAUAACAGCUAGGUUCCCUCCCCCACUCAGACCCUCUCUACCAAUAACAGCUAGGUUCCCUCCCCCACUCAGAACCUCUCUACCAAUAACAGCUAGGUUCCCUCCCCCACUCAGACCCUCUCUACCAAUAACAGCUAGGUUCCCUCCCCCACUCAGACCCUCUCUACCAAUAACAGCUAGGUUCCCUCCCCCACUCAGAACCUCUCUACCAAUAACAGCUAGGUUCCCUCCCCACUCAGACCCUCUCUACCAAUAACAGCUAGGUUCCCUCCCCCACUCAGACCCUCUCUACCAAUAACAGCUAGGUUCCCUCCCCCACUCAGACCCUCUCUACCAAUAACAGCUAGGUUCCCUCCCCCACUCAGACCCUCUCUACCAAUAACAGCAAGGUUCCCUCCCCCACUCAGACCCCCUCUACCAAUAACAGCUAGGUUCCCUCCCCCACUCAGAACCUCUCUACCAAUAACAGCUAGGUUCCCUCCCCCACUCAGACCCUCUCUACCAAUAACAGCUAGGUUCCCUCCCCCACUCAGAACCUCUCUACCAAUAACAGCUAGGUUCCCUCCCCCACUCAGACCCUCUCUACCAAUAACAGCUAGGUUCCCUCCCCCACUCAGACCCUCUCUACCAAUAACAGCUAGGUUCCCUCCCCCACUCAGACCCUCUCUACCAAUAACAGCUAGGUUCCCUCCCCCACUCAGAACCUCUCUACCAAUAACAGCUAGGUUCCCUCCCCCACUCAGACCCUCUCUACCAAUAACAGCUAGGUUCCCUCCCCCACUCAGAACCUCUCUACCAAUAACAGCUAGGUUCCCUCCCCCACUCAGAACCUCUCUACCAAUAACAGCUAGGUUCCCUCCCCCACUCAGAACCUCUCUACCAAUAACAGCUAGGUUCCCUCCCCCACUCAGAACCUCUCUACCAAUAACAGCUAGGUUCCCUCCCCCACUCAGACCCUCUCUACCAAUAACAGCUAGGUUCCCUCCCCCACUCAGACCCUCUCUACCAAUAACAGCUAGGUUCCCUCCCCCACUCAGACCCUCUCUACCAAUAACAGCUAGGUUCCCUCCCCCACUCAGACCCUCUCUACCAAUAACAGCUAGGUUCCCUCCCCCAUUCAGAACCUCUCUACCAAUAACAGCUAGGUUCCCUCCCCCACUCAGACCCUCUCUACCAAUAACAGCUAGGUUCCCUCCCCCACUCAGACCCUCUCUACCAAUAACAACUAGGUUCCCUCCCCCACUCAGACCCUCUCUACCAAUAACAGCUGGGUUCCCUCCCCACUCAGACCCUCUCUACCAAUAACAGCUAGGUUCCCUCCCCCACUCAGAACCUCUCUACCAAUAACAGCUGGGUUCCCUCCCCCACUGACCCUCUCUACCAAUAACAGCUAGGUUCCCUCCCCACUAAAUGUAACACGUUUGGUAAACAAUAUUGUUUAUAUUAUUACCGACAGGAUAAAGGCUGUGAGUUCCCAGCCAAAAUACUGAGCACUUUCUUAAUUCUGACUAACCUUGCAUUGUACACACUUCAUAUUUUCUAAAAAGAAAAUCAUGCAUUCAAAUGUUACCCCCUCUUGUAUAUUUUGUAUACGCCUUUUUAUAUAUAUAUAUAUAUAUUUUAUGUGAGUAAGACUUUUUUUUCAUCUCAUGUUAUUAGUUGUCUCAUUUCAGGAGGGGAGACCAUCAUAUGCAGUUUGGGUAUGCUGUACGCGGGGUGAUCAGUUUGGGUAUGCUGUACGCGGGGUGAUCAGUUUGGGUAUGCUGUACGCGGGGUGAUCCGUUUGGGUAUGCUGUACGUGGGGUGAUCAGUUUGGGUAUGCUGUACGCGGGGUGAUCAGUUUGGGUAUGCUGUACGCGGGGUGAUCAGUUUGGGUAUGCUGUACGCGGGGUGAUCAGUUUGGGUAUGCUGUACGCGGGGUGAUCAGUUUGGGUAUGCUGUACGUGGGGUGAUCAGUUUGGGUAUGCUGUACGCGGGGUGAUCAGUUUGGGUAUGCUGUACGCGGGGUGAUCAGUUUGGGUAUGCUGUACGCGGGGUGAUCAGUUUGGGUAUGCUGUACGUGGGGUGAUCAGUUUGGGUAUGCUGUACGUGGGGUGAUCAGUUUGGGUAUGCUGUACGUGGGGUGAUCAGUUUGGGUAUGCUGUACGCGGGGUGAUCAGUUUGGGUAUGCUGUACGCGGGGUGAUCAGUUUGGGUAUACUGGACGCGGGUGAUCAGUUUGGGUAUGCUGUACGCGGGUGAUCCGUUUGGGUAUACUGGACGCGGGUGAUCAGUUUGGCUAUGCUGAACGCGGGGUGAUCAGUUUGGGUAUGCUGUAUGUGGGGUGAUCAGAUUGGGUAUGCUGUACGUGGGGUGAUCAGUUUGGGUAUGCUGUACGCGGGGUGAUCCGUUUGGGUAUGCUGUACGCGGGGUGAUCAGUUUGGGUAUGCUGUACGCGGGGUGAUCAGUUUGGGUAUGCUGUACGCGGGGUGAUCAGUUUGGGUAUGCUGUACGCGGGGUGAUCAGUUUGGGUAUGCUGUACGCGGGGUGAUCCGUUUGGGUAUGCCGUGCGCGGGGUGAUCAGUUUGGGUAUGCUGUACGUGGGUGAUCAGUUUGGGUAUACUGUACGUGGGUGAUCCGUUUGGGUAUGCUGUACGCGGGUGAUCCGUUUGGGUAUGCUGUACGCGGGUGAUCCGUUUGGGUAUGCCGUGCGCGGGUUUUCAGUUUGGGUAUACUGUACGCGGGUGAUCAGUUUGGGUAUGCCGUACGCGGGUGAUCAGUUUGGGUAUGCUGUACGCGGGUGAUCAGUUUGGGUAUGCUGUACGCGGGUGAUCAGUUUGGGUACGCGGGUGAUCAGUUUGGGUAUACUGUACGUGGGUGAUCAGUUUGGGUAUACUGUACGCGGGUUUUCAGUUUGGGUAUACUGUACGCGGGUGAUCAGUUUGGGUAUGCUGUACGCGGGUGAUCCGUUUGGGUACGCCGUACGCGGGUGAUCGUACCUAAAGCUACUCAGGUAUCUACUCUCCUCCUCUGCUGAAGCAAAGCAGGAGGUCUAGCUGUAAAGGAUUGUACAUCCCCUCAAAUGGCACCCUAUUCUCUUUAUGUAGGGCACUAUUUUUGACCCGGACCCUAUUACGUGUACACAGUGUCUCACUGCGUCGAGCCAUAGAAUCACUUUGAUUUAAGUCACUCUUUAGAGAUGUAUAUAAUAGUUUUUUUACUUUUUUUUUUACUUUAGUUGCCAUGGAAGUGAAUGCAAUGCAUACAGUGUGUGUAUUCCGGAAUAGCACCUUAUUCCUUUUAUAGUGUGUUACUUUUGACCAGAGUCCUUGUUAAUAGGGUUCCAUUUUGGGUUCCAUUUUGGGUGUGAAGACACUGGAAAGGUUUGAGGUUGUAAGAUUUUUUUUCCUUUUUAAAUAAAACAUCUUAACAGUU